AUGAAACUAUUUCAACAUAAACAACACCGAUAUCAGCAAUCAUCAUCAUCAUCAUCAUCAUCGAUUUUAUUCAUAAUAUUUUUCAUCAUUUUAAUAUGGUCAUCGAUGAUGAUUGUGAUUAUUGAUACAAAAAUUGCCUAUAUCAUUAAAAUUGCUGGCAAAAAAGGUGCCGGUAAUGAUGUUUUUGUAUUUGGUGGUAAAAAUUGUAACACACCAAAUAUCAUAGUUAAAGGUCAUAAAAAACGAAAUAAACGUGGUAAAAUAAUCAUUGUUGAAGAUGAAUGUAAAACUGUAUUGCCUGCAUAUGAUUAUUAUCGAAAAGUAGUACAUCCAUUUUAUGGUCCAGCUAUUGGUUAUGGUCGAUAAAUUGAAUCAUCAUACUUCCUGAUCAAUAUCAUCUUAAUCACCACUACCACCACCACCACCACCACCACCGCCGAACAUAUGUCCAAUAUUAUGGUCGAUUAGUGAUAAUUAUGGCCGAAAUAAUACACCUGUUGUGCAACUAUAAUCAACUGUACGUCAUUACACGAAAAAAAAAAAUGGAAAUGAGUGUCAUGUCGUGUGUUUCAUGUUUUUCAUCAUCAUAAUCAUAAUCAUCAUCAUCAUCAUCAUCAUCAUUCAAUCACCUGGUAACCUGGUUCUGAUAUUUUUUUUUUUGCAAUUACAAAAACCGAAAAAAUAUAUUUAACUUUUUGGGCUUUAUCAUUAGACAUUUUUGGGUGACAUUCACUUUUGUACACAUAGAACCAAUUCAACUAAAUGACUUUAAGAUGAGAAAUUUUUGUGAAUUUUUAUUCAUUUCAUUUUUUAAAAUAAGCAUGAAACAUUUUACAUGGUACAUUAAAUGAAAAAAAAAUUACUGCACUAUACACAAAAAUUGAAUUAUUCUU